AAGGUUACUUCCCUUUGAUUUAAAACCGCCAUUUGCUCGUGAGAGCUAUUUCCGAAAAGCAGCACGGUGUAAUUUCUAGAUAGGUCUAGUCAGUUUUGUGGUCCAAUGAUGAACAUGGAUAUUGGCCAAACAGAUAUGCCUGGUGACAACAGAAAGAAGCAUAUGACUACGUCAUUGAAUUUCUUUAAACAUACAUUAGAUAACAUGGAAAAAAUGAGAGAUGAGACAUGGAGUGAUAUAACACUAAAAGUUGGAUGCAGAUUUCUUUAUGCUCAUCGGUUAGUGUUAGCAGCACACAGUGGAUACUUUAAAACUUUGUUUCUUAGUAACUUUUCUGAUUCCAAAUCAAAAGAGGUAGAUUUGUCAUCUGUAGUAGAUGAUGCAGAUAUUUUAGAAAGUGUUAUUAAGUACAUGUAUUACGGAGACGUAGAAUAUGAAGAAGAUGAGUUCUGGGAAGUGGCGAGACUGGCAUCGUACUUUGAAAUAGAAGUGCUGAUGGAACUAUGUAAGCUGAGGAUGGUUGAAACAGUUAGUCUCCAUAACUGUGUUGAGUAUUACAUGUUUGCUUACAGUCAUGGCUAUAACUAUAUUGAGUAUUUGACAGGUGAUGUGAUAGAGUGUAGAUUUCAUGAUUAUUUGGUUUUUCAAGAAAGUACAUUACAGUUAAGGCCAGGAGAUAUGAAAAGAAUGCUGAAAUGUGAGUUUUUCAAGAACUGUGGAAAUGCACCAUUUUUAGAAUUUCUUGGGAAUUGGGUUUCUAAAGGCAACACUAAUCAGUAUGUUGAACCUGGAAAAGAAAUUAUAGAAUAUCUGGAUCAAGAGAUCAAAUCAGACUUUACUGUUAUUGCUCAUAAAACUCAAAUGAAGUCUUUAGAAAUUUGUUGCAAUGAAUUAGAAUCAAAGCUGAAUAGCAGUGAUGCAGAAGUUGACAAGGCACUGGGCGAGUCAUUUCUGAAAGAGAUGAAGAGACUAGUGAACCAGAUUAUUGGAGCAACAGAAAUUCCAGUAGAUGAUGAGGAAAAUGUGCUUUUCGCCUUAUGUGAAAGGAAGAAAAAAUGGAUGCUGCUGGAUCCCGAAACAGAGAGAAAAAACACCAAAAACAACAGAUCUGCAUCGUCAAAAACAAAACGGGAUUCGGAUUCGGUUUAUGAUCUGUUUGUAUUUCGAGAACGUAGCAAUUGUUGGUACCACAUUAACACUGUUGAAAGCCAUCCAUAUUGGUAUAAUGAGAAAGUCUUACCAUAUCAGAGAAAACACAGGGACUGCUUUAUUGUUGACAAGACAUUGAUAUUUGUUACCAGAAAUUCAAAGAAUGCCUUGAAAUUCGAUUUGGAGAAAAACAAAUGGAGCCAACUCAGGCUUAGGGCAAAAAAGAACAGGUCUGGCUCAAGACCUUUGUGGGAAGAUUUGCUGUCUCAUAUGUCAGAAAAAGAUGAUAAGUUGAGUGACAUUGGAAACCAUUUUGCUGUGUCCAAUAAUGAACUGUAUGCUGUAAUUGUCAAGCCAGAUGUGGAUCUGCUUUCUGACAGAUAUUCAGAUGAACCUGUUGAAAUAAAUGGCUGCUACUUCAAGAUUUGUAAAGUGGAUAUCCAGGAUGGCUAUUUGACAGAGGUUGUAAGGACCGGUAUCCAACCGUUGCUGUAUGAACUGUAUUUAUCAGACCUUUCACGCUAUGAAGGUAUAAGGACUUCAGCCCGUGUACAAAAAAACGAAGCUAGUGGAGACAUGCUCGUUCUUGUUUGCAUUGAUGAUGAUUUAGGUGAUGGUGAGUUUAGGGAGUACAUUUCGCUUGUUGUAAAUGUUAAAGAUGGAAGCUCACAUUUCUUCCCAGCUGAGACAAAUGACCAGCUUAAGUACCCUUUCCAUGAUCUGCACACUGUUGAAAAAGACAACUCCUUCCUUAUUGUUAGGCACUUUGGUGAAGCCAGUUAUGAUGUUAUAGCAGAGUAUAUAUUCUUAUCAAAAGAAAUCAUUUUCAGAAAAGGAAUUGUAAAACCUGAUCCAGAAUCAUCUUGGUAUUUUCGAAACACAGAACUAGGAGAAAGCACGCUCUAUAAUGGAGUACGCGGUGGUCUAUGGUACUUUGGAGGAUUCUUUAACUACAGAUGUGAUUUAAGAUACAUUCCUUUGGAAGAAGUAGAAAAGAGAACUGAAGAUAAAACUACUGAAGUUAUUGGAAACGAGAAAAUAAAUGAUGGCAGAAAUGUUGAAGAUGAGGUACAUGAAGACAUGGAUCCCGAGGUAAAAGUGAAUAAGGCUAGACUUGCUGAAGAAGAUGUAGUAACUGAAAAGGAGAAUGCUGAAAGAUAUGACAAUGGAACUGCUGAAGGAAAUGUUGAUGAAGACAAAAAAUCAGAUAUGAAUAAAAACGUAAGUGCUGAAGGACAGUUAAGUAAAGACAAAACUGUUGAAGGAGUUAAUGAAAACAGAAAGGUUGAAGAUAUAAAUUCUGAUGGCAGUGUAUCUGAUGAUUGGAGUACUGAAGACAGUGAAACUGAAUGUGUCUUUAUUGAAGGCAUUCCUCCACCAUUUACAAUGGUGAAAUGUGCCUGUGAAGCAAAAAUGGACAAAGAAUUCCUAAGUAAAUUGAAACCAGUUAAGAUGUUUUUGCUUUAGAAAACACUUCUUUUGAAAUAGCUUAGUCUGGGCAUAAAAGUAAAGAGAAUAAACAUGAUUGAGAUUUGUAUGUAUGAUACAUGUGUGAACAGUAAACAUCAAAACGUCAGAAUUCCAGUGCAUGAUAUUUGUUGUAACAACAAAUUUGACAUGAACAAAAAUAAUUAAGUGGAACACUAGUUAUUGAAAAAUUUAUUAUUUUAAUUCAAUACCUUUUUAGCUCACCUGUCACGUAGUGAGAGGGUGAGCUUUUGUGAUCGCCCUUCGUUCGUCCGUCUGUCCAUCGUCCGUCCGACGUCCAUCCACAAUUUCUUGUGAACACGAUAGAGACCACAUUUUGUAAGCAAUUUUGAUCAAACUUGUACAAAACUUGUAUUGGCAUGAUAUCUCGGUUCUUUUCGAAAACUGGCCAGAUCCCAUCAUGGGUUCUAGAGUUAUUGCCCCUUAAAGGGCCAGAAUUUGCGUGUGUCAACUAUUUCUUGUCUGCACGAUAGUGGUUUCAUUUAUGAUUUUAUUUUAACCAAACUUGCAACCCGCCCGCUUAGCUCAGUAGGUAGAGCGUCGGUCUACGGAUCGCGGGGUCGCGAGUUCGAUCCUCGGUGCGGGCGUGUGAUCUCCGUGACUAUUUGAUAAACGACAUUGUGUCUGAAAUCAUUAGUCCUCCACCUCUGAUUCAUGUGGGGAAGUUGGCAGUUACUUGCGGAGAACAGGUUUGUACUGGUACAGAAUCCAGGAACACUGGUUAGGUUAACUGCCCGCCGUUACAUAACUGAAAUACUGUUGAAAAACGGCGUUAAACCCAAAAAAACAAACAAACAAUUAACCAAACUUGCACACAACUUGUACCACCAUAAGAUCUUGGUUCCUUUCUUGAACUGGCCAGAUCCCAUUAUGGGUUCCAGAGUUAUGGCUCCUGAAAGGGCCAAAAUUAGCUAUUUCGACCUUGUCUGCACAAUAUCGCCAAACUUGCACACAACUUGUAUCACAAUAAGAUCUUGGUUCCUUUCUUGAACUGACCAGAUUCCAUUAUGGGUUCCAGAGUUAUGGCCCCUGAAAGGGCCAGAAUUAGUUAUUUUGACCUUGUCUGCACAAUAGCAGCUUCAUUUAUGAUUUUAUUUUAACCAAACUUGCACACAACUUGUAUCACCAUAAGAUCUUGGUUCCUUUCUUGAACUGGCCAGAUUCCAUUAUGGGUUCCAGAGUGAUAGCCCCAUGUGGUUCUGGGACGUUCUGUGUAUGAAAAGAAUUUGAACCACUGCCUUACCUUGUUUGGCGCCAUAUAACCUAUACUGUGUUGGUGCGCCGUAAAACCCAAAUAAAUAAAUAAACUGAAACGGCUAGAACUAGCUAUUUUGACCUUGUCUGCACAAUAGCAGCUUCAUUUAUGAUUUGAAUUUAAUCAAACUUGCACAAAACUUUUGUCACCAUAAGAUCUCGGUUCCUUUCUUGAACCGGCCAGAUCCCUUAAUGGGUUCCAGAGUUAUGGCCCCUGAAAGGAUUUCUGGAUUAGAAUUAGCAAGACUUUUCUGGCAUUGAGGAAAUAGUACAUGAUUCCAAAAUUACUUUACCCAUGCCUAAAAGUAAUAGUGUGACAAGUAAAUUAGAGUCAUUAUACGAGGGACAUUUAGUAUGUAAUGCAAUUACGCUCAUAGAUAAACAACAAACAAUAAAACUACCAAAAUCGUUAA